CAAAACUCACGUGCUCGUUCUCUUCCUUGAAGGAGGUGCCUACUAGCUGCCGGUGGGAAGGGUUGUUGUUGUUGAUCGUGGGAAAGUACUUCAAAAAGUACAAAAACUAGUCUUCAAAAAUGGGAACCCGAGAUGAUGAAUACGACUACUUGUUCAAAGUUGUGCUAAUCGGAGACUCUGGAGUGGGGAAGAGUAACCUGCUGUCCCGUUUCACGAGAAAUGAGUUCAACCUGGAGAGCAAGAGCACCAUUGGGGUGGAGUUCGCCACCCGCAGCAUCCAGGUGGACGGCAAGACGAUAAAGGCCCAAAUUUGGGACACAGCUGGACAGGAACGCUACAGAGCUAUCACCUCAGCGUAUUACCGGGGUGCUGUUGGGGCUCUCCUUGUUUACGACAUCGCCAAGCACCUUACAUAUGAGAACGUUGAGCGCUGGCUGAAGGAGCUGAGGGACCACGCCGACAACAACAUCGUCAUCAUGCUGGUUGGGAACAAGAGCGACCUCCGCCACCUCAGGGCGGUCCCCACUGACGAGGCUCGAGCAUUCUCAGAAAAAAACACACUUUCAUUUAUUGAGACCUCCGCCUUGGACUCCACUAAUGUAGAAGAAGCCUUUAAGAACAUUCUCACAGAAAUCUACCGUAUCGUAUCUCAGAAGCAAAUUUCUGAUAGAUCUGGACAUGAUGAGUCUCCAGGCAACAACGUAGUGGACAUAAGUCUCCCCCCAACUACGGACGGGCAGAGGGGCAACAAACUCCCUUGCUGCCAAAGCCUGUGAUUUCCUGUUUGACUUUCUGUCAGUCUUUCCUCUCCUCACCUCUGGUUUACUUCAACUGUCAUGCUGCUGCCAUCAUGAUACCCUCAUGGGCUCAGACGUCUCUGACACCAAGACACUUGUAUUUGACAUUCCUUUUUGCUGGUUUCUUCUUUGUUUUUUCUUUUCUUGGUUCAUUUGUCUUCCUCUGAUUUCAGUCUGUGUAUAAAAAACUAUACAGCCUCGUAAUAACCUGGAGAGGGAGCAAGUGUUUUGCUAUUAUGAAGUUGAACUUAAAACUGUAGUAAAUUACAAUUUCUUUUUAAUUAACUAGCCUUUAUGGUCCCAUUGACCCGCUCCCGUUGAAGGAAUGGUGAGGGAUCAGUCAGCCUGUUUAUCAGAGCAAGUGGUUUCUACUUGCCUCUUUUCUCAGCUUGCAAUGAUACAGACUUGCUACAGUGGAAUCCCAAUUUCAUGUCUGGUUGACCUGAUUCUGUCUGUCAUGCAUUUCGGGUGUAGAGGAGGAGAUGAGACGAAGGUACCACCAGAGUAUUGAUGUGUACUCUGUCUGGAAUUUCUAUUUGCCUCUUAAUUGUAAUUUUCCUCUUUGAGUCCUGUGCCCACUGUGGCAUGAAAUUAGCAUGAGCCAGGGACCAGACUGGCUGCGACUGAGUUAAUAUGGGCAAGUGUAAAUCAAACUUAAGUGUUUUUAUUUGUGCGUGACUGUGUGUGUGUGUGUGUGUGUGUGUGUGUGUGAGAGUGUGUGCGUUAAUCUUAGUGCACAAAGAUACCAAAGGAGACGGAUGCAAUCAUUGUCAGUUUUAGGUUUUCUCAUUUAAACUUGUUAAAGGCUGCUAAGAUUGCAUUUCAUUGCUGUAUUUGGCAAACCAAUCCAAGCUAUUUGCAAAUAAUGUGUAAUGCUAUAUAGCAAAAGUAAUGUUAUAAAUUGUGCUGUGUGAUUUUAUUAUUUGUGGAAUAAUGGUGUCAGCCUGCAUCAAGCCUUGUGUUUCUCUUUUUGAGUUGGCUCAGUCGGCUGUCUCGAAAUGAAAAUCAGUUUUUUGCACUUACGUCCAAUAAUUUCAGUGGAACAAAUCCACUUAUUUUAAAAAUACACUUAACGUCUUUGAAACAUGUUUCUAUUGGUUGUUAAGGAAACUGUUGCAAAGACAAAAUUCUUUCUUGUCUUGAACAUUUUCCUCUAAUGUGCUCAGUUAACCUUUGCUGUCAUAUGAGUGAGAUAUCUGUUAAAGGGAAAUGGAUAAAGAUGUGUAUAAUAUGUUUCUUCAACACUGUCAGUCAGCCACAUUAACGUUUGCCAGUCGGAAAAGUAGAACUGAAAAUCAGAAAUGCAAAUUGUUUACAUGGUUGGCUGAAAUGCCCCCAUUUCACCCGUCUGGCACAGAUGCUUUCACGUGUGAUUGAUUGAAGUUCCUUAUGUCUCUUGUGAUAUUUAGCAUUUCUUCAAAAAAUAUAUGUAAAGGCAGCAAAUGUAAACAUGUUUUGCUACUUUCGCAUUACACAGAAAAUACUGAAGCAUAAAUAAACCUAAUCCACAUAUAGCCAA